UCCAAAAAUGUAAUCCCAGAUCUCAUCCUGCGGUCGGUUCUCCCAAAAUGCCACCACCGACACCUCCACCGCACACCACCGUCUUCCUCCUCCUCUUCUUCCUCUUCCUCAGCACAACCAUCCAACAAUCCGAUCUAGACUCCGACUGCACCAACCGCUGGAUCCACAUCCGCCAGCUCCCCUCCCUCUUCAACCUCGACAUCCUCACCAACUGCUCCGAAACCCACCACCCAUUCGCCACCAACUUCUGCCCCUUUCUCACUAACCACGGCCUGGGCCCCAAAACCCACAACCAAUCCCACUCAUGGUUCCGUACGGACACCAACCUCCUAGAACUCUUCUUCCACCGCCGCAUGCUCGAAUACCCUUGUCUCACUUCCGAUCCUAACGCUGCGGAUGCCAUCUAUCUCCCGUAUUAUGCUUCUCUUGACUCGCUUCGGUACCUAUACGGCCCGUAUUAUAAUUCUUCGUCCCAACACGGCCUUCAUUUAUACAAUUUUUUGAAAGAAGAGUCGCCAGAGAUUUGGGGGAGGAGACAGGGGCAUGAUCAUUUUCUUGUCAUUGCUGGGACUGCUUGGGAUUUUAGUCAGCCGUUAGGUAACGAUCCGCCGUUAUGGGGCAGUUCGUUUCUCGAAUUACCGGAGUUUUACAACGUGACAACCCUAACCCUAGAAUCAAGAGCAUACCCUUGGCAAGAACAAUCAAUCCCAUACGUCACAUCAUUCCACCCUCCAAAUUUAGCACUCUUUAACUCAUGGAUCAAAAGAGUUACUCGAUCCAAAAGAACAACCCUAAUGUUAUUCUCCGGCGGCAGCGCGAUCUCCUCCACCCCCAACAUUCGCCGGAGCAUCAGGUUAGAAUGCGACAACAGCUCAAAAACCGAAAACACAACUCAAAACUCAAACCCAUAUUCCAAACAAUGCGAGUUCAUCGACUGUUCAAACGGGAUUUGCGAGCACGAUCCGAUCAAGAUCAUGAAACCGAUGCUGCAUUCGAGUUUCUGCCUGCAGCCUCCGGGAGAAACCCCGACACGUCGGUCGACAUUCGACAGCAUUCUAGCGGGGUGCAUACCGGUGUUUUUCGAAGAACUAUCGGCGAAGAGGCAGUACGGGUGGCAUCUGGCGGAAGACGAAUACGAUGAGUUCUCGGUGAUGAUUCCGAAGGAAGAUGUGGUGUUUAAAGGGGUGAGUGUGAUGGAGGUUUUGAAUGGGAUUCCAAUGAGUGAAGUGAGGAGAAAGAGGGAAAAAGUGAUUGAAAUGAUAUCAAGAAUUAUUUACAGAAAGCAUGGGAGUUCAUUGGGUUUGAGGACAAAGAAAGAUGCAAUUGAUAUAGCCAUUGAAGGUACACUUCAAAGGAUUAAAGCUAGACUUGAAGCUGAAGGUCUUACUGAUCAGUGAGAGAAUGUUGAGAUUUUGUUUGUUUGUAAGUUAAUAUGAUUAUGUUCAUUGGUUUACUGAAAUUUAUAGAAAGAUUCCACAUUUAUUUGAAGAAUUUUACAAGGAUCUUGAAUAAGUUGAAUAACCAAUGUUGUUAAACCCGGACCAGUGAGUGAACCAGUAGAGCGGUUGCUUCGAUAUUAAAACAUUGCGAAUAGCUGAUCUGGUUCAUCAUUUUAGUGUAUAUGACUGUUAUAUGAAACCAUGUAAAUGUUUGGAUGUGUGUGAUUGUUUUAUUUAUUGGUUAAUUUUGGUUUAAUGGUUAA